AAGUACUUUUUAAAGCACCAUUAACGAGAAUGGAGAAGUUGCAGUAAACCAUAAACAAGGAAUGGAUUUUAAUCGACUCCUAUACUGUAAAUAAUUGAUGAUUUAGCGUAAAUAUGGCUUAAAAUGAUUCUCAUAUGCAUUAAGAGCUCUUAGGUAGUUUAAUUUGCUAAGCAAAGAUGGAAUGGUGCAAGAAAUGGCUAGGGAAUCUCAACAAUGUAGGCCUACUCUACUUCCUGUUCAUGCUGGUGAAGACGACCGUCGGCAAUACUGCGGAACUCGUGAACCGCGUGGAAGAGGCCACUGAAGUCAAAGUUGAGAGAUCUCAUGUUGUUGACAGUCAGGUUUUGCUGAUGUUUAUUGGCUUGCUAAUAGCCACAAUCCUCACCAUUUGGCUUUUCAAAGUGAAGAGAUUCCGAUACAUGCACGAAAGCGGAUUGUCUAUGAUAUAUGGGAUGAUUAUUGGGCUAAUUGUGAAAUAUGCUGGAGCGGGUCCAACUGCAGUUGGUGUCCCUGUCACCUUGAUAAAUAAAACAACAGCUCCUCAGACCCUCUGGGUAUCGAUUGGCAAUUAUUCAAAGUUUUCAUACCAGUUAAAAGGUGUUCUCAGAACUGUGACAACAAAAGCUGGCUCAGAGUUAGAAGACAUGGCCGUUUUUGACCCAGAGAUAUUCUUUUAUGUUCUUCUUCCUCCAAUCAUCUUCUUUGCUGGAUUCAAUAUGCAGAAGAGGUUUUUCUUUCGAAAUCUUGGUGCAAUUUUGAUGUAUGCGUUUGUUGGUACGACAAUAUCCACAGUGAUUUUCGGAGCAAUGAUAUAUGGGUACACAAACAUGGUUCACAGUGAAUACUAUGCCACAUUUGACUUCCAGAAGUGUUUGAUGUUUGGCUCCUUAAUAUCAGCAACUGAUCCUGUAACUGUGUUGGCAAUUUUCCAUGACAUGCACGUUGAUGUUGAUCUCUACGCCCUGAUGUUUGGGGAAAGCGUGAUGAAUGAUGCUGUUGCCAUUGUUCUUUACAGAACGGUCGAGUCCUACACAGCGUCAGGGCUCGCUGCAGAGCCAGUCUUCGCAGCAAUUGGCCAGUUCAUCGGUGUAUUCGGUGGCUCGUUUUUGCUGGGCUGCCUAAUGGGCCUAGUCACUGCAUUAGUAACAAAACUGACCAACAUUAAGCAGUUCCCACAGCUUGAAACAGCCCUGUUUGCUCUGAUGUCUUACAGUACAUUUCUGCUAGCUGAAAUAGCUCAAUUGACUGGUAUCGUGGCUGUUUUGUUUUGUGGCAUCGCCCAAGCACAGUACACAUAUCCAAAUUUGUCAGACGAUUCAAAAGCAGCUACAAAGCAAAUGUUUGGUUUGCUAAAUUUUCUCUCGGAAAAUUUCAUCUUUCUCUACAUGGGCCUAACCGUGUUUACAUUUCCGCAACAUCAGUGGCAAGACGUUGGCUUUAUGGCGUGGUCUUUUCUCGCGAUGGCUAUCUCAAGACUUUUCAACAUUUACCCAUUAAGUUUCAUCCUGAAUCUACAAAGGAAGAAAAAGAUUCCUUGGAACUUUCAGCAUAUGUUGUUUUUUGCAGGCCUGAGAGGAGCAGUCGCCUUCGCACUGGCCAUCCGCAAUACCUCGAGCAUUCCACGGCAGCUCAUGUUGACAACUGUUUUGGUCAUUGUACUCGCUACUGUUAUCUUCAAUGGCAGCCUAACUUUACGUGCGCUGCAGUUUCUGGAUAUCAGGGUUGGGGUGGAUCCUGAAGAAGAAUUAAAGAAAGAUUUCACUCCGGAUACAAGUGGACCGAACGCAGGCCAGAUUCCAUAUGAACGGUCACCACUUGUAAGGAUGUGGAGGAGAUUCGAUGAAAAGUAUAUGAAACCGCUAUUCACUAAUACUGGCCGACCGAUUCAUGAAGCCUUUCCGAAAUGCUGUCAGCCAUUCUUAAAGUGUUUGUCCGGCACUAAGGAGGAGCAGAACGACAAUACAGCUAUAAUAGACGAUGACGAACUAUUGAAUGUCACUAUGGAGCAAAACGCAGUGUCUCAGAGGAAGGAGUCCCCGUCGAAAGGCCGUGGUAGCUUAGAGGAUGAAUCGUCUGAUCUUGGAGAUGGCUCGAGAGUACAGCUUGAUGCCUCGGCUUUGAGAAUGGAGAUACUUACAUGAAAUGGACAGCUGUUUAGAAAGUGGGUAUUUUAUUGCAAGGGUUUGAUUUAUUGUACUUUUUCAAUCAUAUAACUUAAUUUUAGGCACGUUUUCAAGUAAUGGUACGUUCUCGUUUGCCAGGGAUCAGAUUUGAUGUUUACUCAGACACCAUUUCCUCGCUUUUGACCCUUGACCUUUGACUUCAUUAUUUACCUCGAAGUCUAUGAUGACCUGCUGUUCAUUGGUAGAUUUUUAGUUUUUUUCAAUUACCUGGAGAGAUGCAACGAUUUACAACCGCAAGUGCUCAAUGCGAUGAUCUAUGCUAUCCAUUAGGCCUCGCUUGCAUGCGUCCUUACUAGCCAAAUAUAGAAUAUUCAGAAUUGAAAAGACCAAGCUUCAUGUGCAGUGACCAGAUUUUUUCGUAACUAAUCAAAGAAACUCUGCUGCUGUUAGAUCGAAGUCCAGACAACCAAUGACAACUCACAUAGGCAUGAUCAUUGCACAUAGAUAAUAUCAUAUCAUCUAGGUUGGAAAAUUAAGUAUGCGCCAAGCAGAACCAUAAGAACAUUCGAUUUCUUGAUCCUAGGUAUCCAGUAUUUUCUGCAGUGUAUUUAUGAAACUCGUCUGAUCUUCAAUAGCUGCGUCUGAUCUUCAUUAACUUGGUAUAGAAAUUAAAACUGUUUUUAUGCACUGUCAUUUGGUUGUUAAAGGUUACAGUCAAGUGACAACUAUCGGUAAUAGAUCAAUUUGUUGUAUUCACUUUGAUCGAUCCUAUUUUUUUAAUGGCGAAAUGACGCUCUUCAUAAUACAAAAUAGCACAUGACUGAAUUCAGACAGAUGGAUUCUUAAUGCUCUUUCUUUUGGAAAGUAGUUUAACUUAGAACAAAAUACUCUACCUACGAGAAAUUUAGAAUAUGCAACUGAAAGAUCACACGGAGAAAUCGUUGGCUUUCGAAGAUAAAUCUUUGACUUUCGGACCCAAUUCUUUGGCUUUUAUAGAGACAUCAUCGAUUUCCAUAACGUUGACUUUUAUUUCAGCAUUGCAGUACGAAUCAAAUCAAUAUUUACCAUCUUUUGAUUCUGAUUAGCUUUGAAUGCAUCUUGCCUGAUUCGGUUGGUUGGUCAAGCUUCCUUCAAGCAUAAAAUAUUAAGAAUUUGAAGUUUUAAGAAAUUCUUUGGAAGGAAUUUAAGUUUGGCUCUAAGGAGCUUUCCAGCUCUUAACUCUGUCAAAUGGACCACCAUCCGUCAAACAAUUCUGCUAUGGUCAAUUUACUUUAGAAAGUGUUCAUAAAAUGACUCCUAUUGUGAUUUUUCAUUGGGGCUGAUACUCUCUUUGGAUCUUAGAUACUGUAAAAGAAUUGUAGCUAAGUUAGAGUCAAUUAAGAAAUAAGUUAAACAUCGCGUAAUUUGGAUGGUUCAUUUUUUUAUUUAUUAUUUAGUUCCAUUAAAGUUUCAUUAAAAUUCGUUUGAUUUGCAAGCCUGACACCAUAUUUUCAUUCUUAGCACCCAACCGAAUUUUCUUUGCUUUAUUAUUUUCUUAGUUUUGUGCUCGUAUGACGGAAAUAUUUUGCCACUGCAUCUCUCAGCCAAGGCAACACUAACGUCUUUAAAGAGAGUUUCCAUUAGCCAAUGUAUAGCACCAUAGCGAGAGAGGGUAUUGCCUUUAUGGGUGAUACGCUCUCGUUUUGUGCUGUGCGACAUGCAAAUAUGCAGAGCCCAUCAUUGACUUCAUUUUCAUCAUAAGCAUUUUUCCAUUAAAUCUAAAACAAUGACAGCAGUUUGAUCUUCUUAGCGAAUCUUGACAGAUCUUGUAGACAGGUUGGUGGGAAAGUUUAUUGUAGUAUUUGAUCACAACAUUUUAAAGACCAGUUGGUGUAUUCAGAAUGACAUCCAUAGUUGAUGAUUCGAUCUCCAUCCUUUAUAUAAAAAUGUUUUUAUCGAUUAUUCUUGUUGUAUCGAUUAUUCUAGGACUGUUGCCUUGGCUAAAGAUGGGUGGUUGUUAUCUAGCUAAGUUGGAAUACGUUUAAGAUAGAACAUUUUACUCGAUAAAAUUAAAAUUGUUUAGAUUAAUUAUAGAUUUCCAUUAUUGUUCGUCAGAUUUUUCUUCUUGUGAUCGCUUGAUGCAAUGUAAUUAAAUUUUAUACAAUAUAAUAUAUCAAUUGGUCUUA